UAAUUUGAAAAAAAAAAAUAGCUUUUUCACCGUCAUUUUCAGUCAGAAAUACGUCUAGACUUGUUUUGAUCACUAUGGACAUCGAAAUACGGGAAAAGCUGUGAAGAUUUUUGAAAUUAAUAUAAAAAGGAGAAGAGACGAAAUUUUUGCGUUUCCCAAUACGGAUAAUCGAGUUAGACCUGUGUUUUACUUGAAAUCGAUUUUUUUUAAACUUUUUUUUGAACUGACAUAAAAAGUAUACCAUAUUGAGCGUUUUCGUCACUUAACCCAUCUUUCUUCUUCUCUUUUCUUUCCAGAUUUUCUGAUCUAGAAAUUGCUCACUUGAAACCAGGGCUUCACGAACGAAGGCCGCCUUUAGGCUCCCAGCUAUAGGCGCAAUAACCUCCGCCUGAGCACCUCCGACGAUCGACGAGACGUUCCAACAACCGAAAGCACAGCCCCCUCCGAAAAAAUGGCGCUGUGGGCAAGGGUCCAGCAGCUUCCGCAACCGGUCGUGGAACAGAUCCGAUACAUUUACGGCAACAGUUUCCCCAUUGAGGUGCGACAUUAUCUGGCAGAAUGGAUCGAGGAGCGGUUGCUCAACGCCAUGGCUUAUCAGUACGAUCAGGACAGCGGGUAUGAACAGGAGGCGGCCACAUUCCUGAACCAGUUGAUCAAUGAGAUUGAAAGGACUUCGAUAAAUCUGCCAGAAGAUAACAUAACGGGGAGGAUUCGGUUGAACGAAUCGGCUACCAAGUUUAGACAGCUGUUUUCACACAACCCAUCGCAGUUGUAUUCACAUUUGGUGAACUGUUUACAGAGAGAAAGGCAGUGGAUAGCUUGUCCGGAGGAAUGUGUAGGGGUACAGGAUCCAGAAAUAGCUGAGGUUAUCAAUGGGAUUCAACAGCUGCAGAUGUAUGUGCGAGCCAAUGAAAACGACAACCGUAAUCUGGUCAAAGAUUAUGAACACCUACUGUUAGAGAUUCACGAAAUUACCAAAAACAAAGCACAGAUGGAGACCAUCGAUAAUCAGCAGUUGCGAGAGCAUGCUAGGACGGCGCUUUUGCAACAAGAGCGGCAAGUCAACGAAAUGGUCACGUUGAUCACCGGAAAGCGGCUGAAUCUGGUGGAUAACUUCCGCAAAACGAUCCAACUGAUCUCACAAGUUCAGGACAAAGUUCUGCACAAAUACCUAACACAAUGGAAGAUCAACCAAGGCUUCGCCGGGAAUGGUGCCCCGGGUCUUAGUGCCAGCAAUCUGGACACGAUUCAGGCCUGGUGCGAAAACCUUGCCGAAAUCAUCUGGAACACCAAGGACCAGAUCCGGCUGGCGAUGAAGAAUAAAUCCAAACUCAACAUCGAAGAACCCAACCUGCCCGAUUUUCUGCCGCAGUCGCUGGUCGAGGUGACGAAUCUGCUCAAAACCCUCAUCACCACUACCUUCAUCAUCGAGAAGCAACCUCCGCAGGUGAUGAAGACCAAUACCCGAUUCGCGGCCACCGUUCGAUUGCUGAUCGGCAACACCCUCAACAUCCGCAUGAGUAACCCACUGGUUCGGGUUUCGAUUAUUUCAGAGGGCAAUUAUAAAUCCAUUGCAGAGUCCCAGGCGCAGGCCACCCAGCAGACCAACAAAGCAUCGGAGCAGUCCUGCGGGGAGAUUAUGAACAACACUGGGAAUUUGGAGUAUAACGAAACCACCAAGCAGCUGUCCGUUAGUUUUAGAAACAUGCAAUUGAAGAAGAUCAAGCGAGCGGAAAAGAAGGGUACCGAGAGUGUGAUGGACGAAAAGUUUGCCCUGCUGUUCCAAUCUAGUUUUGCUGUUGGCCAUGGCGAUCUAGUCUUUUCGGUUUGGACCAUCUCUCUCCCAGUAGUGGUCAUAGUACACGGCAACCAGGAGCCACAAUCGUGGGCCACCAUCACUUGGGACAAUGCGUUCGCUGACAUCAACCGGGUACCGUUCCAGGUGCCUGACAAGGUCUCCUGGAAUCUGCUAGCCGAAGCCCUGAAUACCAAAUUCCGCGCCUCAACCGGCCGAUCAAUGACGCCCGAAAACCUGCACUUCCUGUGCGAGAAAGCGUUCCGAGCCAACCUGCAGUACCCGGUCUCGAACGACCUUACCAUCACCUGGUCGCAGUUCUGCAAAGAGCCGUUGCCCGAUCGAACCUUCACCUUCUGGGAGUGGUUCUACGCAGCGAUGAAAGUGACCCGGGAACACCUAAGAGGUCCCUGGAACGACGGCAGCAUAAUUGGUUUCAUCCACAAAUCCAAGGCCGAAGAUUACCUGCUCAAGUGUCCGCGAGGCACCUUCCUGCUGCGAUUCUCCGACAGUGAACUGGGUGGCAUCACCAUCGCCUGGGAGGACGAAAGCAACGAUGGACAACCGCAGAUCCUGCACAUCCAACCGUUCACGGCCAAAGAUUUCGCUACUCGGUCCCUCUCGGAUAGGAUUCGGGACUUCGACAAUCUGUUCUACCUGUACCCGAACAAGAACAAGAACGAAGCCUUCGAUCGGUACACAACCCCAGCGGGUCAGCCCCGCAAUCGCAAUUACAUCCCGGCCGAGGUGCGGGCAGUUCUGAUGCCCGGCCCGCAGAACAACAACAACGGCCUAAGCUAUCCGGGCACGCCCAAUUCCUCGUACAACAUUCAAUCGCCGGACGCGUCCCGGGAUACGCCCACCAGCGGCAUGACCUGGAACGAGUUCUGGACCAUGCUUCCGGAAGCCGUCGUCGAUAUAAGCGACAACGAUCUGGUGUCCAACUACCUUCAAGGGGUUCAAGUCGGCUACGAUCUUGGUUUCACCGGACGUCGAUCGGUGGUUGACCUUCUUCCAUCACUCAAUUCAGUACCCGAACCUGUUCAGAGAUCUUCCGGAGGUGAUGUCAUGAUACCGCAGGUUAGUUCUUCCCUCGGGGACGAUCCGAUGGAGGGAUCUUCAGGACCCACGAGGGAAGUCACUUCUACAUCGGCUCCUCCGUUCCACAUGGACGAUCUGCAGGCCAUGAUCAACGAUAGCGUCUUCAUGGAGCAGCUGGUGGAGUCGAUUUCGAUCGAUACGGAGGUCGACCAGCAGAUGGCAGCAACCGUCGACGUCGAUAAUGAUUUUAAUAGUUUUGUCCAAGCGUCGGUGGUCCGGUCAGACUAGGGUUUUUCAACGACAAGCUGUCGAUAGCAAAACUUCAAGUAGACAAUUGGAAAAAUUUUGAUUUUUACUUUGAAGGUCGAAAACUGAAGAAUUGAAUUUUGAUCAGCGUAUUGAAGACAUGAGUUUAACAGUCGGCGGAGACCGAAGUGUAGACGUCGAAGACCAAAAGAUGGAAAUAGUCGGAAGACCGAAGUGCCAUGCUCAGUAAUGUUGCAAUUGUAGAUAUAAUUUUUCUCCAACAUGCCAUAGCCUUUAGCCAAAUAUACAGAUUUUAGGGUCUAAGCCUGGAAGUCGAAGACCGUAGUUUAAAAGGUCAAAUACUCAAGUAUAGAGGUGGAAGACCGUGCUUUUGCCGACUUAUUUUAGGCAGAUGAAAAACUUAAGAUUGAAUUUUCAUUCGAAUCGUCGAAAACUGAAAUGUGGAAGGUCGAAGUCUGAAGUUUAAGAAUCGAAGACCGAAGUGUAGAGGACGAUGACCAUAUGGUGAAAGAUUAAGACCGCUGUGGUUUAUCUUGGAAAUACUUUCAAAUUUUUUCUUGCAUAUCCUAGCUGUUGUUUCCUAUCUAGAGAUAGGCACGUUUUAGAGACCGAAAUAUGGAAGUCGAAGACUGAAGUGUUCAGAUUGAAUAUCGAAGCCUGUUUAGGUCAAAUAUAUCACCUAAACAGGCUUUGGUAUUCCACUCGUAGACUUCAGUUUUCCACCUUCAUACUUCGGUCUUUAAUAUCAGUUCACAAAGGUCAAAGACCGAAGUAUGGAAGUGGAAGACUACCGACGUGUUGAAGUCGAAAAGCAAACUUUGGAGGUCGAAGAGUUCUUGAAGUGCUCUAAGGUAAAAGACCGAAGAAUGUAUGUCGAAGAUCUAAGUGGUAUGUAUUGAAAACGUUGAAGUUAGCGUAAAUCUUGAAUUUAGGUUAUCGAAAGACUCGGCUUCUUUUUAAGCAUUUUUGACUUUUCUACAAAAAGAGUUCUUGGUCAAAAUUCAGCCGACUGUCGACUGGUCAACAGAUCUAUGUCGACUUUGGCUAGCACUAAACUAGAUUGGAAAGAUUUAACGUAGAUUCACUUUGACGAGCUCGUGCUACAGAGCUCAUUGUAUGAAUUCUCACUAAGGAAAAAAAUCUUGAAAAAAAUUAAAAAAACCGAAUCGAAAUUUAUCCAAAUAUGAGUUAACUCACUGUAACGUGUCGUCGACGUCUGAAUGGUUUUACGAUAGAUAUAGAAUUGUUUCCUUUUUUUACAACAAUGUAACCGUCAAAAAGGGCUGGCUUACCUGCAUACAUUUGUAGAUAUUUAAUUUUUUAUCCAAUCUAAAAAUUAACUAGCAAAAAAAAUGAAUAGAGCUGUGAUGAGAUUUGAUGAAAAAGUAAUACAAUUGAUGGUUAUAUUAAUUGAAAUUCGAACUUAUUGAACUUCCAAUUCAAGAAUAGAAAAACGCAAAAGGUAUACGAAUUUGAAUACUAUUUAAAUUUUUUCGAUCAGGAAGUUUAACUGAUUUUUUUUGUUAGCGUAAAGAAAAGUUAAACUAAGUCGUCGAAAAAAAACGAUUAGAAUCAAACAAACUUUAUGCUUAAUCUUAGGUUAUUGUUUUUCUUUUCAAAUUUAUUGAUAGAUUUUCUAGUUUAGGUUUUAGUGAUAGAUAUUUACCUUUUACUUUUUCAAAUUUCUCAAUUUAUAUUUUUGUUUAGAUUCCAAAUCAAUAUCAGUUGUUGAAAAAAUAAAAUAAAUCUAUAUAUAUAAAAUGCAAUUUCUGUAUGUUUGUUUGUUUGUUUGUUUGUUUGUUUGUUUGUCCUCUAUAGACUCAGCCGUCUUAAGGGCUAGAGAGCUGAAAUUUGGCAUGGAUGCUCAUUAGGACCAGGAAGGAUGAAAAAUGUUUUCAGAUUUUCGGAUGACCCCUUCUGAAGGGGGUCGUCCAUAGAACACAAAUAUUGUUUUCGCGAUAUUGACAUUACUUUUCGUCGGAUCAUGUUGAAAAUUUGCACAUGAGAGUUUUGAAAGACGAGCAAUCGAUUUCAGGUGUCAAAUUUUGUGUAAAGGGUCAGCCAAAGGAGUCGUCCAUAUAAACUGAUCGCUGUUUUUGCGAUAUUGAUGUUAUUAUACAUCGUAUUCAGAUGAAAAUUGGUACACGAUCGUUUUGAGUGACGUGCAAUCGAUUUGAGGUAUCAAAUUCAGUGUAAAGGGCCGGCAAAAGGGGUCGUCCAUAUAAAAUUUUCAGUAUCUUAGUGAUAUUGACGUUUUUAUACAUCGAAUUGGGGUGAAAAUUUGCACAUAGGAGUUAUUAAGGACAAACAACUGAUUUCACUUAUUAAAACUAAAAUCAGGGGUCGGCCAAAGGGGUCGUCCAUAUAAACUAUUCACUGUUGAUGCGAUAUUGUCGUUAUUAUACAUCGGAUUCAGACGAAAAUUGGUACACGAGAGUUUUGAGAGAUGAGCAAUGGAUUUCAGGUAUUAAGUUCAGUGUAAGGGGCCGUCAAUGGGGGUCGUCCAUAUAACCAUAGUCGUCCAUUUCAAUAUUUCUGCAAUAUCGUCGUUAUUUUACAUCGGAUUGGGAUGAAAAUUUGCACAUGGUAGUUUUCAGGGACGAGCAACCGAUUCCAGAUGUCAAAUGUUUUGCCAGGGGUCGACAAAAGGGGUCGUCCAUAUAAAUUAAUUCUUCACUGUUUUAAGCAAUAUUGACGUUAUUAUACAAUGGAUUACUUUGAAAAUUUGCACACGGGAGUUUUGAGGGAAGGUCAAUCGAUUUCAGUCAUAAAAGAUUGUAUAAGAGCCCCCGAAAGGGGUUUAGCUUUUUGGCAAUAAUUGCGUUGUUAUGCAAUGAUCGAAUCGAAAUUUAUACACGUGGUUUUUUGGCACGGUCAAAGGAUUUCUGAUUUCAAAUUUAGUAGCAGACGACAGACAAAGUGAUCGACCAAUAUUUUUGCAAUUGUUACUUAACAAUGAAUUCAGAAGUGCAUCUGGAAAAUGCUUGGCAAUUGGCUUUCAUACAAACUGUUCAUGACAUAUUCCAAGUUGAAAGCGAAACGGAGUUCGUAUGGGAUCAGCUAGUAACUAAAUAAAGCAAACAAAACAGAAUUAGCUUUUCGGUCGGAUAAAGUCCUUGGAAAAUGUUUCUCGGAUGCAGUACUGGUUUUGGUUUCUUUUUUUAGUUGUACAUUUUAGCUAACUAUCAGCAGUUUCUGGUAAGUGGUGUGUUAUUGCUUUGACAGUUUACUAAUCCCAAUUAACUAAUACUUCCAAUAGAUUUAAGUAGAUAGUGAAGCAAUUAAAUCACCUAAUAACGAUUUAUUUACACUAACUUAUUUGGGUUUUAUGAAUUAGGAUUAGCCGUACUCAGAAUUUUCGCAAGAAAACGUGGAUAUUUUUUAUGAGGAACACAUUUUUAAAGCCUCUGGGGUUGUGCCCCCUCAAAUCUGAGUAAAUAAUUUUAGCGUUAACUCUUACAAACUCAUUUUUUUGGGGUAAGCUGAACUGACUGUUGUCACACUGAAUAAAAUGUUUUCAGGUCUGAAAUACGAAGUUUUUUGUUUACUGAAAAUUACGUUUCAGUUACGUUUCUCUACAAAUUUUGAAAAAUGUUGUUUAUAUUUUUGCUGAGAGAAAAUUCAUUGUAAUUGGGUAAUUUAUACUCAGUAAUUGAGUAAUUAAGUAGUUAAAACUCAAAUGUGUUUUAACUCAAAAUUGAGUUAUUCGACGAAGGAGUAAAAAAGCCUCACACACAAAAUCAUAUUUUCUAGAAAUCCGCAAAAAAACCCUUUUAUUUAUUUUUUUUCAAAUUUCUAGCAAAAAAAUAGCGAAUUCAAAAUUAUGCUUUUUUAAUCGAAGGUUUUGAAGAAAUUUGGAGAUCUAUGAAAAAAAAAAACAUUUUAUUUUGAUAAUCUGACAAAAUGAACUUACGUGAGAAUUGAAAAAAAAACUCAAUUUGUUUCUGCAAAAGCUGUGCUGCUUUUCGAACUUGUUCAGUAUUUUUACAUUUAAGAUUUCAAUCUAUAUUUUGUAACAUUUAAAAAUCUUUUUAUUAUUCAUGCCCUCGUAGAUAAAAGCGAAGCGUGUUAAGAAAAUAAAGCGCCAAUCUGAGAACCUGGCAACCUUGACAAGCGGUUUCAGAACCUUUAAGGAAGAAAGGAAAACAAAGUUACUGUAUAUUUUCAUUUUAAUUUUUCUACCGUAACCUGGUGACACUGUUAAAAUAAGGAAUUAUUAGGUUAAGUAUUUCGUAUCAAACGUUUAUUCCUGUUUCUUUCAUUGCUCACUCUCUAAGAAUUUUUCCGAGAAAAAAUAGUAUCGGAAUCUUGCAAAACAAUUCAAUCGAACAUUGUAGUGCGGUGUUUUAGAUUAUCAUUCAAACAACAAAUUAAAAAAAAUAUAUCCCGAGAACGCUGAUUUUCUGAAAUCGGGAAAGGCAUACACAACGACUAGCAGCGUAUUAGCAUCGUCAUUUGUUUCAUUUUGCUAAUGCAGCCUUCACAAAUCAAUAGAAGAUAAUAGAAUAAAAUGAAAAAAAAGGUGUUCUUCAAUGUUAUUUUAUCGCGAGCUCCAACAGUUUUCCCAAAAAGAUAAGUAAGAAAAGAAUGUUUGAAAGAAAAAAAUCUGUAACUCAAACAAGUCAGUCAAAGCUGUAACUGUACUGUGUGAAACAAUGGAAGAACUGCGGCUGAUGUCAAUGAUAUUUGAUCUGUUACACUCUUCGAGCGAUUUACUGUAUUAAUAUGUUAUGUUUAGCUCAACUCAAGUAGGUAAUUUUAUAGCCGAGGGAAGGAAGAAAAAUAGGAGAACGACUCAACUCUUUGUACUGUCUCUAUUUUAAAGCGUAAAAAAAAAAAAAAACCUAACCUCAAAAAGUGAGGCAAAUAUGUUCGCGGAAAGACGGCGAAUUCGCAGGAAAUGUGAAAUGAAAAUAGGAAAUGGUAAAAAAAAGGUAACCUUAAAGCUAUAAGGUUCUCAGCCCAACGAUGAAAGUUGAAAGGGAUUUCAGAAUUAGAUUCUCGCGAAUUGUGUUUUCUUUAAUUUUCCCAGGAUUGGAAAGGGAGAAGGAAACUCUCCCCCUCCUUGAACUUAGAGAAAAAGAAAAACCAGGAUUAGUUUGGUAGUUAGUUAGCUGGUUAGAAUUCUCUCGUUAUCAACCUGCAAAACUGCUCAUGAAUUAUUGAUUGUUUGUUGUACACUCUUGACUAGUUUAGCAGAAAAUUUGCACCUCGUCUAUUAUGCAUGAUGUUGCUCUGCGUGGCUUAAGUUCCGGAAUCGUUUAAUGGACAACUGUCUCAAUUUCUAUUUUUUAUUUGAUUAUUCUUUCUAACUUACUUUGCUCUUCAAAGUAGAAAUCACUGAAUGUGUAUUUGUGAGUGUGUUGUAUUAUUAUUUCACAACAUUGAUUGAACCACAAAUCAUUUUGCAUCGUUAAUGUUCUAUCAAAGGUCGUUUAUCGGUUGAUCGCUCACUAGGUGGCUUACUGUUGUUGAUUCUUGGGAAAUAAUCCUUACCCUUACUUCCGUUUUUUUCUUUUUCAUUUAAUAUCAAGCCGGUUUCUUUUGAUGUUUGCAAUUUUUUUUCCCCAUAUUUAUACCAUUUGCUCUCUAAUGCUCUAAUCACCCUCUCCAAAUCGUUUCGUUUGUUGUGGUUUUGCGAACGAUGGUUUUCCUCCACUUAAGGCGGGUGUUAAUUAUAGGUCUGUUAAGGGUUCGAUUUAUUGACCCUCCAUUUGUGGUUAGCUUGGUGAUUCUUUUUUUUCGAGAAGUAUGGUUGUAGCUUAUUUGAACUAAUGUUAACCUAG